GCCAUAACUUUGGGGAAAAAUGUUUCGUUUCCCUCUCAAUUCACUCUUUUUUCUUCUCCACCACUGUCUCUGAAACCCUUCUUUCUCAUCCCCAAUCCAAUCGAAUCGACUUCUCUCGAGCGAUACACAAAUCUCACUCUCACAUUUCGAUCUUUGCGAUUAUGGCCGGACCCUCGUCGAAUACAAACGCACCGAAGCCGAGGAAGAGAGUCGAAGCGGAAACUAGCAGCAACGCCUCUUCCACUACUACUACCACCACCUUACGUCGUGCUAAAGAUGGCAGUGCUUUCGCUCGCUGUGAAGGAUGUAACAAGAAUGUUGCAGUAGCGCUUAUUAGCAUGCACAACUGCAGUCUCGAUGCUAAGAUCAGAGUGAAUCUGGAAGCUCAAGUUGUGGAGACACAUACUGAGGCUAAAAAGAAAACUGCAGAGAAGAAGAAGUCAACAUCUGAUGAACCUAAGGCAAAGAGAGUUAGAAAGGCUAAGAGCUCUUCUACCUCUAACAAGCCUAAGCGACCUCUUACUGCCUUUUUUAUCUUCAUGAAUGAUUUCCGUAAAACUUAUAGCGAGGAGAAUCCAUUUAUUAAUGUUAAGGAUGUUGCAAAACGCGGUGGUGAAAAGUGGAAGUCUUUGUCUGAGGAAGAGAAGAAAGUUUAUACGGAUAAAGCUGCUGAACUAAAGGCAGAAUAUAACAAGAAAAUGGAGAACAAUGAUGCCGAUGAGGAAGAGGAGGAUCAGGAGAAGCAAUCUGAUGAUGAUGAGGAGGAACAAGCUGAUGAUGCUGAGGAGACUGAGGAGAAGGACGUUGAGAACGCAGAUGAUGACAACAAAGAUGCUGAAGGUAAAGAAGAGGAAGAAGAGGGUUUGGAUGACUACUAAACAUGUUAUGCUCGUUCUUUGGGGGUCUAGUCUUACUGAAAUGGAUAUCUCUAAUCGUUGUGAUGCGUUGUACAUUAAGCUUUUAUCAUGAUGAAGUUAGUUAUCUGAUGGUAGUUGUGAGCAACUGGGUUUUUUGUAGUUCUUGGAAAUGGUAAUUCCUUUUAUUUAGACAAGUAAUGAAGCUUAUGUUUUUCGUUUUA